AUGGAAGAAAGGAUUACUCGGGCUGCGACUGCCAAGUUAAUGAAAAAAGCUUUUCUUGAAGCUCUAAAAUCAAAUGACUACAAAACGCUGGAAGAUAUUUUGAUACAAAAGCAAAUAGAUGUGGACACAGUGUUUGAAGUGGAAGAUGAGAACCUGAUUUUGGCAUCAUACAAACAAGGAUAUUGGCUGCCUAGAUAUAAGUUAAAAUCAUCUUGGGCCACUGGACUGCACAUAUCAGCCCUGUAUGGAUAUCUGGAGAGCCUCAUGGUACUGUUAAAUCACAAAGCGGCCAUCAACUACAAGCCAAAUGGGAAAGCUGCUAUCCACGUGGCAUGUGACGUGGCAAACAUUGAGUGUCUCACGAUCCUUUGCAACCACGGAGCGAACGUUAACUGCUUUUCACUGAGCGGCCUCGCACCCUUACACUUCUGUACAACAAAGGCCUCUGUGCCUUGUGCCCAGCAGCUGAUUUGGAGAGGAGCAAAUGUGAACAUCACCACAAACAAUCAGGAUGAAGAGACUCCCCUGCACACAGCUGUACGUUUUGGCAUCCCUGAACUGGUGGCAUUUUACGUGGACCAAGGAGCAAAUGUUGAUGCUGUCAAUGCCCACCUGGAAACUCCACUGGCCAGUGCAGCUUACUGGGCCCUUCGCUUUAAGGAGCAGGUGUACAGCAUGGAACACCACCUAAUCUGUAGGAUGCUGUUAGACUAUAAAGCUGAAGUUAAUUCUCGUGAUGAAGAUUUCAAAUCACCACUCCACAAGGCUGCCUGGAACUGUGACCAUGUGCUGAUGCACGUACUGCUUGAGGCUGGGGCUGAAGCAAACCUGAUGGACAUCAAUGGCUGUGCCCCCAUACAAUAUGUUCUGAAAGUGACAUCCGUGCGGCCAGCUGCCCAGCCUGAAAUCUGCUACCAACUUUUACUGAAUCAUGGAGCAGCUAGAAUUUAUCCUCCACAGUUCCACAAGGUGUUGCAGGCCUGUCAUUCCCACCCGAAAGCCAUUGAGGUUGUCAUUAACUCAUACGAACAUGUCAAGUCAACAUCAAAGUGGAGAGCAGCUAUACCCGAUGACGUCUUUGAGAGGCACAGAGAUUUCUACGACUCUCUGUUCACCGUGUGCAGUAAUUCACCACGGUCGCUCCUGCAUUUAUCUAGAUGUGUUAUUAGACGAAUAUUGUUCAAAAGAUGCCACAAAGGAGUCCCUUCACUUUCCAUUCCACCUCCAUUGAAGAAGUACUUGCUUUUAGAACCAGAAGGAAUCAUUUAUUAA